CAAUGUGAAAGCAAAUAACUUAAAAUUGAAAAUAUAACUUAAAUUCAAAAUCAAAAAGAAAAAGUUUAACAUAAUACUCUUAUGUCAAAUUCCAACAUUACAUAAGUAAGUUCCAACGUAACUUAAGUAAAUAAUUCAAAAGAAAGGGAAAAUAUAAGUCUAUAAACUCAUUCACAACGAAAUUCUACUUUAAUAAUGUCACUCGUUAUAUGUCAAGUUUGUUAAUGACUCAUUCUUUUCAAUAUUAAGAGGUGUAGUUUCAAAAAUUAGAAUAAUAACACGAUUAUGCUAAAUGAAUAAAAUAAAAAAAAAUAAAAAAACAAAAAAAAAAGCAAUUACAUGAAACCACAAGAAGUAAAGAUUGGGAAUGAGAAGCAAGGAAAUGAAAAAUAAAUACAAAAAGAAAAAUACAUUUUAAAAAAUAAAAAUAAUUUAAAAGUAAAAAUAAAAAAGAAAUUAAAAUAAUAGAAAUAAAAAAUAAAUUAAAAAUCAAAAGAAAUUAAAAUAAUAGAAAAAUAAAUAAAUUAAAAAUAAAGAGAAAUUAAAUAAACUAAAAAAUAACCCUGUAAUUACAUCCAAUUCUCAGCCCCCUUGAGAAUUGGAGAGUGUACCCUCUCAAUUACACCCAAUUUCACCUAGCUGUGUAAUUACUUGAGCAAACAAACAGGCCAAACUGUGUAAUUACACAAAUUUCAAUUACCUGGGUGGCUUUUCAAGCAGGCCCUAGAAUUUCUGUGGGGAAAUACUAAUGGAGUUCUCUGAUCAUAUCAUGAGAUUGGAAAAAUCCGUGUUUGAAUUAUUGUCUGAGGGUCUAGGUCCCAAUCCAUCUCAUCUCAAUGAUAUGUAUUGUGCUGAGGGACUUGCUGUUUUGGGCAAUUACUAUCCAGCAUGUUGUCAGCCAGAACUUACCAUGGGCACCAGUAAACAUUCUGACAAUCGUUUUAUCACAGUGCUUCUACAAGAUCAGGUCGGAGGACUCCAAGUGCUUCACCAGAAUCAGUGGGUUGAUGUUCCUCCUAUACCUGGUUCUAUUGUGGUGAACAUUGGAGAUGUUCUACAGCUCAUAUCGAAUGACCGGUACAUAAGUGUUGAGCACAGAGUAUUCGCAAAUAAAGUUGGACCAAGAAUAUCAGUUGCAUACUUCUUCUGUACAGGUCCAAUGCCAUCUUCCAAUCUUUAUGGACUGAUUACUGAAUUGUUGUCAGAAGAUAAUCCUCCAAAAUAUCAUGCGACUACAGUGAAUGACUACACUGGUUACUUCCGUAAAAAGGGUCUAGAUGGAACUUCUGCAUUGUUGCAUUACAAGAUCAAAUCAUAGUAAUGUAAUAAUUGAAUUUAUAAUGAGAACUGAGAGUUUACUUUUGAUGUAUCUUAUGCUGAAGCUCCAUAGAUGGCGAAACAUGACCUGUUAUGUCCUUUGCCAGAUUGUCUUUGUGACUGAUCAUAGUUUCUGUUCUUGUCAAUUAUAAGGAUACUGGAGUUCAUCUAUUUAUUUUCUAAGUUCA